AUGGCGGCCACUGUUGAUUCUGUGCUCGCGGUGGAAAAGACUGCCGCCAACCAUGUCGAAGAUACACUAGGCCAAGGCGCCAUCACCGAGGCCAGACAGGCUACCGACGACGAGCACUCGCAGACGCUGAUGCAGGCCCUGCGUGAGAACCGCAAGGCUGUUAUGUGGUCUGUUUUGAUCUCCAUGUCCAUUAUUAUGGAGGGAUACGAUACCAUCCUGAUGGGCAACUUCUUCGCCUACCCCACGUUCAAUCAAAAGUAUGGACAGGAUUAUGGUGGUGAUAUCGGAUGGCAGGUAUCUGCACCUUGGCAGACGGGCCUGAACAUGGCCAGUACGGUUGGAUGUAUCUUCGGUGGUAUCUUGAACGGAUACUGUGCGUCCAAGUACGGUUAUCGAAUCGUCAUGGUCGUCGCCCUUGGAUUCCUCACUGCCUUGAUCUUCAUCACAUUCUUCGCCAACUCCGCAGCAGUCCUCCUGACUGGCCAGGUCCUUUGCGGACUCUCAUGGGGGGUGUUCGCGACCAUCGGACCAGCCUAUGCAUCAGAAGUAUGCCCCACCGUGCUGCGCGGCUACCUCACCAUCUACGUCAACCUGUGCUGGGCCAUCGGCCAGCUAAUCGCUUCCGGUGUCCUGUACGGACUCGUCGACCGAAAGGAUCAAUGGGGCUACCGUAUCCCCUUCGGCCUGCAGUGGAUCUGGCCCGUUCCUUUGAUGGUCAUCUGCUGGCUCGCACCCGAGAGUCCCUGGUGGCUCGUCCGCCACGAUCGCCUGGAAGACGCAAAGCGCAGCAUCCGCCGACUGGGCGGCAGCAAGACCGAAGACCAGAUCAACGGACAACUCGCAAUGAUGGUGCACACGAUCAAGCUCGAAUCCGAGAUCGAAGCCGGCACCACCUACUACGACUGCUUCAAGGGAGUUGACCUGCGCCGCACGGAGAUCUGCUGCAUGGCUUUCGUCGGCCAGAUUCUGUCCGGUAGUACAUUCGCCUACUCACCUACCUAUUUCUUCACCCAAGCCGGCCUGCCCGUAAAUCGCUCCUUCCAGCUCGGCGUCGGAUGCACCGCCAUUGCCUUCGUGGGUACCUGUUUCUCCUGGUGGCUGAUCACUGGAUUCGGCCGCCGCACGCUGUACGUCUGGGGCCAGGGCAUCCUCUGUGCAACCCUCUUCCUGAUCGGUAUCCUGGACGUGUCCUCAUCCGCGAACGGCAUUAUGUGGGCGCAGGCCGGACUCUGCUUCUUCUGGCUCUUAACAUAUUCCCUGACCGUCGGCCCGAUCGCAUACGCCAUUGUCUCAGAGACAUCGUCUGUGCGUCUGCGCCCGCUGACAGUGUGCAUCGCGCGCACAGCAUACCAGAUCAUCAACGUGGUGUCACAGGUGCUAGAGCCAUACUUCAUGAACCCAACAGCGUGGAACGCGUCGGGUAAGACGGGAUUCUUCUGGGGUGCGACUGCACUCGUUGCCUUCGUGUGGGCAUUCUUCCGUCUUCCCGAGGCCAAGGGCCGCACCUACGCAGAGCUGGAUAUCCUGUUUGCCAGCAAGAUCAAGGCGAGCAAGUUCGCGUCGGCUGUUGUCGAUCCCUAUGCGGUUCUGCCUGCUGAGUCGCAGGAGGGUCUUGUGCGUGAGAAGACGCAGGAUACUAAUUAG